GCCGCUUGGUUCUAACCGGUUCCCUGUGCCUGGUGGCGCUUCUACGUGGUGCCUUGAACGAGGGUCCACCUUGGGAUAUGGAUCCGACGGAUGCCGAGCUCAACGCGAUCACGGACUUGAACGGUGUACUGGCUUGGGCUGGGGUGGACGGUCAACUUGCCGUGGCUCUUAGGGCCGCCUUGGGGCAGCCUCAGAAGGUACGAGAGAUCGCCCUUAUUCCCCGCCUGCCUUGGGAUGGUGCGAUCCAGGCCCUUCGGGUUCAGGAAGUGGAUGCCGAUGGUAAUGCCGCAGGAGCUCCCCGUGAGACAUCAUUGGUGGAGAAGGCACGCCUGGAAUCAGUGAGGCGAGUUAGCUUGCUACGUAUGGGGGUGACGCCUGAUGGCCCUGGCGCUCCAACGCCGGCCGGGCCAGCCCCCGUAGCAGCGCCCGCAGUGAGCCCGUCCGCCACAGGAUCGCGCAAGCUCAAGCUGUCGGCCGUCUUGGAUCCCACAUUGGAUGCCGACGUGACCGCGAUGGAGCACAGCGAGCUGCAACGCCUGUACUCAGACUACAAGACGAAGUAUGGCGACUUCCCGGCUCCGGAAAGCGACCCUUCAGCGGACCAGCUCGCAGCCCUUAAGCAGGUCAUACAAGCCGGAGCUUCGCCUUACACGGACUUCUCGCUGUUUGGCCCGCACGGGCUCCGGUUGCUUCGGAAACAAUCGUUUACUUCGUACGUCCUCAAUGCCGCUACGGGGGAAUGGACCAAGAAAGAACAGCCUGGGCCGAACAGUUUUCACGCUUGGUUCGAAGCCUGGAAAGUCCUCCGCACAGCCUUGCUGCUCCUUGAAUGUGUGGACGCUGAGCGCCUCGACUCCUAUGCCGAGCACAUCAGGUCCUACGUCACUCAGUUUGGGGACGUCGCGUGGUGGAUCAUCUAUCGAGCCGAGAACCGCAUGCGAGCGGAGCAGAUGGAGCGGCUGCGGCGCAAGCUCCACGAUCGCCCGGAGUUUGGGUUCACGGGAGCCCGCCCUUGGAAUGCGGUGUAUGCGGCUGCGAUUAAGGAUACGGAGUUCUGGGCGCGAGAGCUUGUGACACCGGCCACGCUGUGGUUGUCACAACGGGCUGAGCCCGCGCCUCCCGUACCAGCUGAGGACGAAGUCCCUCGCAGACCGGGCAAAGCAAAGCGCAAGUACACGGGCGAGGACCAGAGCACCAAGGCCGGCGACGUGUACAUCCUCAACCGGAAGGGCAUCACCAUCUGUGAGGAUUACAACCGUGGGCGCUGUGGGUCGAAGAAGCCACAGAGCAAGUGCAAAGGCGGGGUGGAUGCUGUCCAGAGGGCGUCCUCCCAGCCCUUGGCUGGGGACGCUUCUGGGGCACCACCGUCCGCGUCCUCAACUGCUGUCACGGGCGGUCGCAAAGACUACUUGCCCCCGACCCCGAAGGCACGCUCGUCGAAGCCGGUCCAGAGGCUUGACGACACAGCUACGGCAAUACGGCGCUCAACAGCUUCGAACACUUCCACGGCUCCCGAACCAAGGCCACCGCUCAAGCGCCGCCGGCCUGAGGAUGAGACUCAGGCGGCUCACAUCAUACCGCCUGCUGGGUCUAUGGUGCCCUACUUCAAGCCAUUACCAGCAGGACCGCGACCAUAUGGUACGUGGGUGGCGAAAGCCGGCUCUGCAGCAGAGCAGCGACCCUGGGCCCUCGUCCUGUUUUCAGGGCGGGCCCGUCGAGGCGACCUCACCAGCUGGCUGGCUCACUACGGUUUCUUGGUGUGUGCCAUCGACACGGCGGCCCCCGAGCCAGUUGACCUACUAGACGAAGCUCAUUUUACCCCGCUCUUCCAGGACGUCUACCCUGGCAAGUUCUCGGUGGCCUGGGCCGCCACUCCCUGCGGGAGCUUCUCGCCGCUCCGCGAGAGGAGACCGGGGCCACCCCUUCUGCGCACAGCCGAGCAUAUAGAGGGCUUGCCGGACUUGGGCAAGAAGGAGAAAGAGAAGCUGCGCGAGGCCAACCUGCUAGUGGAACGCACUGCGGAUGUCCUCAGCGUUAUGUGGGAGCAGCGCGCCACUUGGGGAUUGGAGAACCCCGACCAUCCGCCGGGCAAGCCUUCCAUUUGGCUAAUGCCCUUGGUGAAGGAGAUCGCAGACUACGAUAGGGUGUCACAGGUCAGUUUUGACCAGUGCACCUUCGGCCUUGACACCGUGAAGCCUACCCGCCUCAUGUACGCCAGCCAUGUGGAUUUCAGCAAGCUUGACGGGCGACGAUGCCAGCACCCCAAGGGCACGCACCAGAGCACAGCUGGACGACAAGUUGCGGACGACUGGGGCAACCGUCAGUGGGCAUCGAAGGAUCAGGGUGAGUACACUGCACACUUCUCACAGGCCAUCGCCGAGGCACUUUACCAGGGCUACCGCAAGCAGGCCCUGGAGAAGGAGGCCGAGAACAUCAGGGCUUUGGGUGGCCUCAGGAAUCCCCGGCGUGCUUUGGAGAGGCUUCCGCGCUCCGCUGCUGUUGGGAGAGGCAUUCGGCGGCUGCUUGAGCAAGCCCUUCACCUAUGGCCCGAGCUUCUGGACCCGGCAGUGGCAAUUCUCCGUGGGGAAGAGCCGGCGGAAUUCAACAAUACUGUGGUCGAGUCGGUGCGGUCCGCCGUACUCACAGCACUUGGGGCACCCGAGCAUGUUCGGAAGAGGCGCCGGACUGCGCCUGCCAACACUCCGAUACAGGCAGCAGUUCUCCAAGCGUGGGGCCUCGCGACAGACGAUCCAGAUGCGGAGGUUCUCUCAGAGUGGUUGGAUAAUGGAGCCCCCCUCGGCAUCGAGCAAGCAGUGCCAACAACUGGCAUUUUCCCUCCGGUGUCCGCGAGCUCGCAACUCCCCGCUUCACAGCUUGACAGGCGUACUCUGGAAGGAUGGGAGAACUACCCGUCAGCCCAACAGGAGUCGCAAGUCCUCAGGGAGCUUCUUGCCGACUACGCGGAAAGGGGCUUUUGCACUUUGGCGACCACGCCCGAGGAGGCAGCAAGACUGCUUGGAGGCACACCUGUGCUUAACAAGCUGGGAGUGAUCGUCAAAGAUAAAGUGGACUCCCGAGGCAGGCCAGUGCGCAAAGCUCGUGUGAUCUGGGACUUACGGGAGUCACGGGUCAAUCAAGCUUGCUGCCAGGGCGAACGCAUACUGCUUCCUCGCCUCCUAGACGUUGUGCUCUCUUUGCUCAACGUGUACCGCAAGGGGGGCAAACCUUAUUUGGCAGGUAUGGAUAUACGCGAUGCGUUUAUGAAUAUCCCAGCAGGAGCCGACCGCAAGUACACUGCAGCAGCGGUGCCGGGUGCCAUCGUGGUGUUCAACACCCUGGUCUUCGGCUCCGCGUCUUCGCCAACGCUUUGGGGACGCAUGGCUGCUUGGCUUGGUCGCAGCACCGCCGCAGUCACCAACACGGACCCCCAGUGCUAUGUCGAUGACCCCAUCUUCGUGCUCUUCGGCCCGGGGCUAGGGGCUGCAGCCAAGGAUUUGGCAGUGGCACUACUGUGGAUAGCCGUGGCAGGCUUCCCCACCAAACUCGGCAAGGCGAACGGAGGCAAGGUCAUCGACUGGGUAGGGGCUCGCAUCGAGUGCCACGAUGACGAGCAGACAGUCGUCGUCACGCUACCCGCACAGAAGAUCUCGCAGCUCGCCGAGCAGGUUGAGAAGAUGUUGAACCGUUCCGUUGUGGGAGCCCGUGAGCUCAGGUCACUGGCCGGUUCACUGUCCUUCGUCGCUGGACUGGUUCCGCACCUUCGCCCGUUUCUUUCGACGUUCUGGGCGGUGCUCACCAAGUUUGAAUUGACGAGUGAAGGCAAGCCGUUUGGCAAGGCUCGAAAGUUGAUUCAUACGAGGCGCAUCGCACCGGGACUCAGAUGGGUGCGCGCGUUGUUGCAAGCCGGCACGCUUCGAAAGACAUUCUUGGCCAACCCGCCGCACACGGACUUCGAAAUAGUGACAGAUGCGUCCCCUUGGGGCAUCGGCGGCAUCUUGCGACACAAAGGUGAGGCCUGCGAGCUUUUCUUUUCGUGCCUCCCUGACACCGUUCUCCACAAGUUUGGAGCUGAGCGCGGCGUGUCAAAAUUUAACACGCUCUGGGAGGGCUUGGCACUCCUGGUCGCGUUCCGCUUGUGGCUGCCCUCGCUCCCCUACGGGGCAGUCUAUCGGGCAAAGUCCGACAACCUGGGUUUCUUACGAGCCCUUGCUAGAGGCAGCGCAAAAUCCCCUGCACUUAAUGUGCUUGCCCGGGAGUUCGCUUUGGACGAGGCACUGAGGAUUUUCUCCCCAGAGCCGAAGCACUUCCCUCCAGAACUGGAGCACGUGCCGGCCCGAGCAGUCGACUUUGAGGCUGGGAGGGUUUUGCCUGCUCCCACCGUUGAGUUCUUCGCAGUGUCUUGCGUGCCUUGCCGGUGUCUAGCUUUCUUCUCAAGGGCCUGGCAUCUACGCGGCCCUGCCUCUUUGGGCGGCUGCAGAGGAGGCCAGCUUGCAAAUGAUCCGGUUUAG